AUUUGCUAGCGGUUAAUGGAUUUGUGGCCUAACUUCACGGUCUGUAGUUCGGAACUGAAAUUUAGUUUAAAAGCUGCUGUGCUGUGUUCUGUUAACCGUAGAACAGUGUUCAGUUCGAUCCAGCACAGACGGAAGCAAGGCAAUUCCAUCAAAAACAUGAAGCUCAUCAUAGUUCUGAUUGCUACCGUCAUCGGGACGAUUGCCACGGUUUCCGGUCAACAGCAAAUCAGUCAGGAGUGCUUCACUCGGCCAAACGAUAAGAACCCGAAAGAAUGUUGCAAACUUCCCGACAUCAAGCCACCGCAUGAAAAGUUCGAAACUUGUAAGCAGAAGUUCCCGAAGCCAACUGGUCCGCCACCAACUCCGGGUAACCCACCACAAGGCCCUCCACCUGGCUUCAACUGUAUGGCGCAGUGCAUCCUUGAACAGGAAGGCGUCAUAACCGACGGUGUGAUCAGUAAGGAUGUUGCAACCACAACUUUGGUUGCCCUGGUAGGAUCAUCAUCCGAUUGGCAAACGGCUGCCAAAACUGCCGUUGACACGUGCUAUCAGCAGGUGUCCUCAUUGGAAACCGAGAAGGACAGUCUUGGGUGCAGCGUGGCUGCUGGUGUCUUCAAGGAAUGUUUGCAUUCGACUAUGUUUACGAAUUGCCCAACUUCUUCUUGGACCGCCAGUACUGAAUGCGAUCAGCUGAAGGCUCACGUGGAGAAGGGGUGCCCUUUGAUGACUCUGUUCAAGGGCCCACACAAACAUCCACAUUAGUGAAGAAGUUUUGGUUAAAAGUGGCUACCGGAUUAUUGAUUUCUUUUGAAUAAUAAAUGUUCAUUACAAAGA